UGCUCCCGGCUUUAUAUUACCGAUGUCAAUAUUUUGUUCACGCCUUGUCAUUGCAUUUACGCACAAUUAAUAUUUAUUAAUCUUUUAUAUAUAUAUCAGCUGCUCAUUACGGCUCAUUUCGAAUAAUACGGCGAACGAUAUUUAAGGUAUAUUAAAAUAAGAACAACGCAGCACCAAAGAUGACGAAGGAACGCAAAAACGUAGGGGUUACUGCGAAAAUCACGGAACCGUUGUUGACGGUACCAAAUUCAACGUCCUCGCAGCAGAUUGUGUCUUCGGUGCCUGCUCAAUCAAAACAAUUUUCCUCAAAUGGCAAGUAAAGAAGUUUUUUAUACUUUGGAUGAAUUUGAUACAGAAUUCCCAGCAGAUUCUGUCGAGUGGUGUCCUGCAGAGCCGUUUCGAGAUGUAUUGGCGUGUGGAACAUACAAAUUAAUUGAGAAUAAGGAAGAUGCAAAAGAUGAAAAGUGCGAACGGACAGGACGAAUUUAUUUACUUCGUGUCGUGGAUGGUGGAAAAUUGCAAGUAUUGCAACGAAUAGAUACUUCAGGUAUAUUAGAUAUGAAGUGGACACAUGUCACGACAAGCGAAAAUAAUCAAAUAUUGCUUGCUGUUGCAAACUCCAAUGGACACCUGCAAAUUUAUGAACUGCAAAAGAAGGAAAACAAAACGGAAUUGCAAUUAAUUGCUAAAGAAAGACUCGGUGACGAUAAUGAAGAUGUCAUGGCAUUGUCGUUGGAUUGGUCUACAGGAGGAUUCGUUUCUGAGACUUGUCAUUUGAAUCCACGUAUUGCUGUAAGCGAUAGUCAAGGACGGAUAUCUCAUUUCACAUGGCAUGAAACUAAUAAUCUAACAAAGGAUUUUACGUUACGCGCGCACGAAUUUCAAGCAUGGAUUGUGGCCUUUGAAUAUUGCAACGAUAAUAUUUUUUAUUCUGGAGGCGAUGACAACAAGUUUCUAACUUUUGACGCCAGGACAGGGGUUAUUCCCGUGUUGUGUAAUAGAGAGCAUACUUCUGGCGUCACCAGCAUUCACAGUAACGCUGUUAAAUCAUUCAUGCUCGCAACUGGAAGUUACGAUGAGUUUCUAAGAUUGUGGGACAAGAGAAACUUGAGACGACCGGUAUCUAAAAUUAAUCUCAAUGGUGGAAUUUGGCGUUUAAAAUGGGAUCCUUUUACGCAUCAGUACUUACUCGCCGCGUGUAUGUACGAGGAUUUUAAGAUUAUUAAUUGUGAUUGUAACAUGUCUAUCAUUGGCAAUUACAAUAAGCAUGACGGUAUAUCGUAUGGUUGCGAUUGGUCUUUUUUAAAAAAGGAGGAUGUUUCGCGCUUAAAAAUACCUAUUGGAGAAACUUUGGUAAGUACUUGUUCUUAUCAAGAUUGUGCUCUCAAAUUAUCCGCAAUUAAUUUGAAGAUUGAUGAGUUGGGUUCGUGAUACGGAUGAAACAAGUUUAUAUGUUUUAAGUUUUGUGUGUGUGUGUAUGUAUAUGUAAAAUAAAAAUGCAUAGAAAUUGUGCAAUGUA